AUGUCUUCAACGUUGGUUGUGUCCGAACAAAUAGCUGCCGCUGUUUUCGUUCAGGAAGCUAUUUGGAAUCCUAGACACCCCGAUCACAAAAAUAGGACCAAGAUCCAAAAAUGUUGGUCCAACGUUGAAAAGGAUCUCAACAUGAAUGUUCUUACGUUAAAAAGCAAAUGGAAAAACAUUAGAGAUUAUUAUAGAGCUGAAUUGAAAAAAGUAUCAUCAGGACGUUCAGGGGCUGGUGCAGACGAAGUAACCUCUUCCACCUGGCCAUUAUUCCCGUGUUUAAAUUAUUUAAAGGACACGAUGGAAACGCGCCCUCGUACUACAAACUUGACAAACUUGAAGAGCGCUAGUAACUCCGUUGAAAAUGCUCCACAAGAUACUUCUGGCGAUUUUUCUCAUUUAAAUGUCGACGAAAAUAGCGAAGAAGAAAUAUGUGAAGAUGACAACGACAUUAUUCAAUCGACGGGAAGCAUUGUAAGAGAAAAACCCAUGUAUACAAGCAAAAUAUCAAAAAAAAGUAAAACAUCAAUGACCAACUUCAGACAAGAGUUAUUAAAUCUUGAGGCAAAAAAAAUAAAAUUGUUACAAAAUGAAGAAAAAGACGAUGAAGACUUGAUGUUUUUAAAAAGUCUAUUACCUGAUUUGAAAUCCCUAUCCAGACCACAAAAAAUUAGGACAAAGAUUAAAUUUCAAGAAAUUUUAUACAACGAAGUUAUGAAUAUUAAACCUGCAACUUCUACUUCCACACUGUAUUCAAGUACACCAGCAUCAGUUUCCACGCAGUCGUCAGUUUCAAAUGACGAUUCCCAUUGGCAACCAUGGCAAGAAAUCAAUUUUGACGCAAACAACCAGUUUCUAAAUUGCCAGACAGAACCACUCAAAGAGCAGGGUACAAUUUAUGUAGAUAUUAAUUAA